AGUUAAAUUCGCGCUGGUCACUUGAUCGUUAGAUUCUAACAGCAGCAAUGAGGAUUAUUUUAACUUUUUUAAAUUUAUUUCUUAUUCAUCAGUGUUGGGCUUAUAAGGAGAUUCUAUCAAUUUUAGAAAAUGAAAGGGAUUUACGAGUCGAGGAACGUAAUGCUUUAUUCCCUUUAUUCCAAGAAAUGCAACUCCAAUAUGAUUUCAUAGUGAAGGAGAUCGCUCAAAGUAAGGAGAAGAAGGAUAACCAAAAAACGUUGACUGAGAGCGAUAGCGCUGAGGAACCUUUAAAAGAAUUUCAGCGCUACUUUGAAGAACUAACUAAAACAGGAAAUCGACCUUCGAAUGCCUAUGAUAGUCAAUUGCCAACGAUAAAAGAAUUAUUAAAUACAACAGAUUUAAUUGAUUUGAGUCGAGAGCAACAGUUGGAGCUUCAAGAUGUACAAAAUAUAAUGCAGGACACUUUAGAUCAAGCUCAGGAAAAUAUCAAUCAGUUAAUAAAGAAGUCCUUGGAGAUCGAAGCUAAUUUGCUAAAGUUAAACAAACCGCAAAUUAUUUUAUUAAUUUCAAAAGCUUUAGGCGUUUUAUUUAAUGUCGCUUCUCAAGUGUCCAGAGCCGCUUAUUGCACCUACUCUCAUAUACCAGAAUUGAAUAUUUCGUUACAGCAUAUGUACGAAGGUGCCGAUUGUUACACUUACACUACAUCUUUGGUUGCGACGGUACAAUAUGAAACUAUGACAACGAUUUCGACGAUGAAACAGAAUAUUUUUGAUAUGGCAGCCAUUUAUAAAAAGAUUGCGUCACAAAAUUCGCUUUUAGGAAAAAUUCUGACGUUAGUCUUAAAUUUUACCGAAAUAGCGCGCAACAUAAUUGACAGUUAUAAUACGGCUAUGCGUGCCUUGAAUGGCGUGCAACAUCAAUUGCCUUCCGCUGCCCUAGAGGCGACUAAAUGCAGUAAAAAUUUUGCUACUAAAAUCCCAUACAUAGUUCAAACUGUAUCUACCGUUACGGAGUGUAUUACGUUUGUAGACGAUACGACGUAUGUCUAUGAUUUUAUGCUUCCAGAGAAUUCUGAGAGGAAUAUAGAUUUUCAGAAUCCAAAGUCUACGAACUGGGACGAAGAUUAUUAAGUGUACAAAGAGAACUGAUGUGUACAUUAUAUACUCUGGACAAGUCCACCACACGCCACCAUAUGCUAAUAUGAUUCAGUGGUGAACGCUCUUUUUAAUGU